AAAAUAAACAACUUGGAGAUGACAAAAUAAGAAUAGAUGAUAAAGGUGUUGGAGAUGACAAAGGUGUUGGAGAUAAUAAAAAUGUUGAAGACAACAAAGGUGUUGAAGAUGAUGAAAGUGUUGAAGAUGACAAAGGUGUUAAAAAUGAUGAAGAUAUUGAAACGACAAAG